UUCUCAGGCCUUUACAGAGGCUGGCGCCGCUGAAACACCGCCAAGUGCCCCUUCACACUUAUAACCGUCACUCUCUCUCUCUCUCUCUCUCUCUCUCUCUCUCUCUGAUCGGACCAAAACAAUGGCCCUUUUUGUCUCCUUUCUCCUCUCUCGUUUUCUGCAAUUUCCGUUUGGCUAUUUAUAUGCUUUAUGUGUCCCUCCUCUCCUCACCUUCUCCUUCACCUUCACCUUCACCUCCAGUUUCUACUUUCUCUGUCUCUCUGGUAGUUCCAGCUUCAACCAUGAGGAAGAGCAUUGAAGACACCCUCGCUGCUCACCGCAAUGAACUUGUUUCUCUUCUCUCCAGGUAUGUUGAUCGAGGAAAUGGGAUACUGCAACCUCAUCAAAUGAUAAACGAGCUAGAAAACGUGAUUGCAGAGGAUGAAGGAAUGCAGAAGCUCAAGGAUAGCCCCUUCAGUAUAGUCUUACAGUCUGCGCAGGAAGCAAUUGUUCAAACUCCUUUCGUGGCUCUUGCACUUCGUCCAAGACCUGGUGUAUGGGAAUAUGUUCGUGUUAAUGUGUAUGAGCUCAGUGUGGAUCUUUUGAGUGUUGCAGAAUAUCUCCGGUUCAAGGAAGAACUUCUGGAUGGAGAGUGCAAUGACAAAUAUGUGCUUGAACUUGAUUUGGAGCCAUUUAAUGCAACAUUCCCUCGACCAACCCGCUCAUCAUCAAUUGGAAAUGGGGUUCAGUUCCUUAACCGUCACUUAUCUUCAAUUAUGUUCCGUAACAAAGAAAGUUUGGAGCCUCUUCUCGAUUUCCUUCGUACACAUAAACACGAUGGACAUGCAAUGAUGCUAAAUGAUAGGAUUCAGAGCAUACCCAGACUUCAGUCUGCUUUAGCAAAGGCAGAGGAAUAUCUUUCUAAGUUACCGGCAACUACACCAUAUUCUGACUUUGAAUUUGACUUACAAGGAAUGGGAUUUGAAAGAGGGUGGGGUGACACAGCACAACGGGUAUCAGAGAUGGUUCAUCUUCUCUUGGAAAUUCUUCAGGCUCCUGAUCCAUCUACUCUGGAAACUUUUCUUGGAAGGAUUCCUAUGGUGUUCAAUGUUGUCAUUGUUUCUCCACAUGGCUACUUUGGCCAAGCAAAUGUUUUGGGUUUGCCUGACACUGGUGGCCAGGUUGUUUAUAUACUGGAUCAAGUACGUGCCCUGGAGAAUGAGAUGCUUCUUAGAAUACAAAACCAAGGACUGGAUGUUAUUCCAAAAAUUCUGAUUGUUACCCGACUGAUACCUGAUGCAAAAGGGACAACAUGCAACCAAAGAUUGGAAAGAAUCAGUGGCACAGAACACACACAUAUCUUGCGGGUACCUUUCAGAACUGAGAAUGGAAUUAUGCGGAAAUGGAUUUCAAGGUUUGAUGUGUGGCCGUACUUGGAGACCUUCGCAGAGGAUGCCUCAAAUGAAAUAGCUGCUGAGUUGCAGGGUGUUCCAGAUUUGAUCAUUGGAAACUACAGUGAUGGAAAUCUUGUUGCAACUCUGUUAUCUAAUAAACUUGGAAUCUCACAGUGCAAUAUUGCUCAUGCAUUGGAGAAAACCAAGUACCCAGAUUCUGAUAUAUAUUGGAAAAAACAUGAGGACAAGUACCAUUUUUCUAGUCAAUUCACUGCUGAUCUUAUUGCAAUGAACAAUGCUGAUUUCAUAAUCACCAGCACAUACCAAGAGAUUGCAGGAAGCAAGAAUAAUGUUGGACAGUAUGAGAGCCACACAGCUUUCACUCUUCCUGGGCUGUAUCGAGUUGUUCAUGGGAUUGAUGUUUUUGAUCCGAAGUUUAAUAUCGUCUCCCCAGGAGCAGAUAUGUGCAUAUAUUUUCCAUAUUCUGAAAAGGAAAGAAGACUUACUGCUCUACAUGGCUCAAUUGAAGAACUCUUAUAUGGGGCUGAGCAGAAUGAGGAGCAUAUUGGAAUCUUGAGUGACCGAUCAAAGCCUAUUGUCUUUUCCAUGGCAAGACUUGAUAGAGUGAAAAACUUAACUGGCCUUGUUGAGUGUUAUGGUAAGAGUACCAAGCUAAGAGAACUGGUAAAUCUUGUUGUGGUUGGUGGUUACAUAGACGCCAAGAACUCUAGGGAUAGAGAAGAAGUCGCAGAGAUUGACAAGAUGCAUGAUCUCGUUAGGAAAUACAACUUGAGUGGCCAGUUUCGGUGGAUUGCAGCCCAAAUGAACCGUGCCCGUAAUGGUGAGCUAUACCGCUACAUUGCAGACACAAAAGGUGUCUUUGUGCAGCCUGCUUUUUAUGAAGCUUUCGGCCUCACCGUUGUGGAAGCCAUGACUUGUGGCCUUCCUACUUUUGCAACAUGUCAUGGUGGUCCUGCUGAGAUCAUUGAGCAUGGUAUCUCUGGGUUCCAUAUUGAUCCCUAUCAUCAAGAUCAAGUGGCUGCACUUCUGAUUGACUUCUUUGAUCAGUGCCAGAAGCAUCCUGGCUACUGGGAAAAGAUAUCUGAAGCGGGCCUCAAACGAAUUUAUGAAAGGUACACUUGGAAGAUAUAUUCUGAGAGGCUGCUCAAUUUAGCUGGGGUUUAUGGCUUCUGGAAGCAUGUGUCUAAGCUUGAGAGGCGAGAGACAAGGCGAUAUCUGGAUAUGUUUUACAUUCUCAAGUACCGAAAUCUGGUGAAGUCGAUCCCACUGGCUGUUGAUGAGCAGCAUUGAACUUUAUGAUUACAUGUCAAUAAAAGAAGCUGUCUGCUUGUUCCUGCUCAUUGUGCGUUGCAUUUGAAUUUCUGAUGUUGUCGAUCCUGUCCAACUGCUAUGGACAGAACAGAACCAUGUUUGUUUUCUUCUCGUUUGGUUUAGGAUGUUUCAUUGAUGUUUGUUGAGUCUGUUGAACUUCAUGUUUUAAAUUAAAUAAGUUGAUGCUUUUGGUAU